GCGAGGAGCAUGACGGGGCUGUACGAGCUGGUGUGGCGGGUGCUGCACCGAUCGCUGCUCUGCCUGCACCGCACGCUGCUCGCCUUGCUCCACGUUCGCUUCGGCACCUGGAACUGGAUCUGGCGGCGCUGCUGCCGCGCCUCCUCCGCCGCGGUCCUAGCGCUGCUCGGCUUCGCGCUCCGCCAGUCCCCGGCCGGGUCCCGGCACCGCCGCCUCGCCCGGCCCCCGCGCGGCAGGAGCGGCCCGGCCCGGCUGCGGUGGCGCGCCGAGGGCCGCGCCCUGGACAAGCUGCCCGUGCACAUGGGCCUGGUGGUCGCCGAGGAGCUGGAGCCCAGCUUCACGGACAUCGCGAGCCUGGUGGUGUGGUGCCUGGCCGUGGGCAUCUCCUACAUCAGCGUCUACGACCACCAAGGUAUUUUCAAAAGAAAUAAUUCCAGAUUGAUGGAUGAAAUCUUAAAACAACAGCAGGAACUUCUGGGCUUAGAUUGUUCCAAAUACUCACCAAAAUUUGCAAAUAUUAAUGACAAAGAUGAUCAAGUUUCCAAUUACCAGUUGCCAGUGAAGGUGCUGUCCCCAGAAGAUGGAAAAGCAGAUAUUGUGAGAGCUGCUCAGGACUUUUGCCAGUUAGUAGCCCAGCAUCAAAAGAAAUCCACAGAUUUGGAUGUAGAUAUGUUAGACAGUUUACUUAGUUCUAAUGGUUUCCCUGAUCCUGAUUUAGUCUUGAAGUUUGGUCCUGUGGAAAGCACAUUAGGCUUUCUUCCCUGGCACAUCAGAUUGACUGAGAUUGUCUCUUUGCCUUCCCACCUAAACAUCAGUUAUGAGGAAUUUUUCUCUGCCCUUUGUCAAUAUGCAGCCUGUGAACAGCGUCUGGGAAAGUAGUCGUUCCUGGUUGCAUCAUUUGAGCCAGGCUUUUGGAGAAAAGGACCUGAGUGACUCUGAUGUUUACAAAGUACCUAUGAAGCCCUGUACACACCUAGUUCAUAAUCCUCAUAAUUUAUCAAUAAACACAAUAAAGUGUCUUACUUGAGAGUAAGAAUGAGUGUGUGUGUAUGUAUGUAUGUAUUUGUAUGUGUGAGAGUGAGAGUGUGAGGAAAUGAAGUUAGAGCUGAGGGAAGUAUUGGAGAAGGAAAUACAUAAACCUGCACUUUGAGCAAAUGGUAGCAGUGUUUUAGAAACUGAAAUUUCAGGUUUAAAUGCUUCAAUCUCAAUCACUUCCCUGUUUUUGUGGGAAUUGUUGAGGUGAUUAGUGCUGCUUAGUGUUUUGAGGGGUUGGAAUCAUUUCUGUUCAGUUUUACCUAGUAACCAGGUGACCAAACUUUAAUUUUUAAGAAUAAUAAUGCUGGCUUAUUAAAUAAAGCAUUUUGGGAGUAAGUGGUUUCCGGUUUUUUGCUUUGUUGCUCCUGUGACACAUUUGGAGCCAAGGGAAUACUCACUUUCAGGUAUCCAUCUGUUCUAUGUCUUCAUUAUAAUCAAACAAUGUGACUUGAUUAUGUUGCUCUGUUGUUGUGUUGUUUUGGGUUGUGAAGAUGUCUUGAAAAAGAAAUCUAGAUAUGGUAUAUGAAA